GAAUCCCGGAACGAGCAGAUCACCUCCUUCGGCUCUGAUGUCCUUCGGGCUUUUGGCGUGUCGUAAAAAUAAAUGCAAACUUUUUUCACGUGCAGUUUCUAGUUAUUUGUUUGCAUUUGGACGCCGUCGAGCGGAUGCACGUUUACGUCGUGUUCCAGGACAUUUGCACGGUUGUGAUGUUAUAUUCUGAGCUGUCAUCAGUGUGUUGUCUGUUAUCGCAGUGGAUUAAGGAAUUGUCAUGAUCCUGUGUGAAUUUUCUGACACAACCGAGGCGUAGUUGAAGGAGCAACAAGCUCCUGUAGGAUCUGUACACGUGCUGUGGGGCUGCUAUGUGGGAUCCACUGGGGGAGAUCCAUAACUCUGUUGUCAUCGCAUGGGAACGGAUCCAGUACAGCUGGACACUUCUGUUUAAAUAGAGAUCCAGUUGAUUACACCCGACAGCGCGUUUUGUGUUUAUAUUCGCUGGACACUUGUUUGUGUAAUCUUUAGCUGGACGUGAUAUCAUAUCGUAGCAUCGAUGGGAACUCAGGUGACUGGGAGGAAAAGAAUCCCGAAUCGGGAGAAAGUGUCUGCGGAGGAUGAUGCUCUGAGCCAAAUAGCUCGAGAGGCGGAGGCAAGACUGGCGGCCAAGCGGGCGGCCCGGGCAGAAGCUCGAGAGAUCCGAUUAAAGGAACUGGAGAGGCAACAGAAAGAGAUUUAUCAGGCUCAAAGGAAAUAUUAUGGGCUGGACAGCAAAUGGGGCCAUAUUGAGCAGUGGAUGGAGGACAGCGAGCGUUACUCACGCCACUCACGGAGACACACGUCGAUCUCGGAUGACGAGGAGCGGAUGUCUGUUGGAAGUCGGGGCAGUUUGAGGCCUACGGACUAUGGGGGGGUUUUGGGCUCCGGUUCCAGAGCUUCGUCUCGGGCCAGCUCAGCUCGUGCCAGUCCAGUGGUGGAAGAAAGGUCAGACUUCCUGGAAAAGGGAUCAAGGACAGCAUCUACUCUCUCUGCUGCAACUUUGGCCUCACUAGGUGGCGGCUUUUCUCGGAGAGGCAGCUGUGAUACCUCCAUAUCUGUUGACACAGAAGCCUCCAUGCGAGAGAUAAAGGACUCUCUGGCUGAAGCUGAGGAGAAAUACCGGAAGGCCAUGGUGUCCAAUGCUCAGCUGGAUAAUGAGAAGUCCAACUUGAUGUACCAGGUGGACACACUGCGAGACACGCUGAUGGAGCUGGAGGAGCUGCUAUACGAGGCACGCAGGGAGUGUGACGAGAAAACAAAGGAGUGUGAUCGAGAGCGGCAUGCUCACAAUGUCCUGCAGUUCCAGUUCGACGAAAUGAAAGAGACGUUAAAACAGAGUGAGGAAUUACUAAAGGAUGCACAACAGUUGCGCUCAAAGCAACAGAGCUAUAUUAGCGAGAUCUCUGAUCUACAGGAAACUCUGGAAUGGAAGGAGAAAAAAAUGAGGGCCUUAGAGAGGCAGAAGGAAUAUUCAGACUUAAUCCAAGAUGAACGUGAUGCACUGAGGGAUGAGGUUUUCCGGCUCAGGGAUGCUCUUAAGAAACAUGGCAUAUCCCUUGGAUCUGAGGUGACAACAAAUGGCGAGACAGGAAUCAACAUGACUAAUGGACCUGAACGUGUGGAAUCGGCUCAAAACACACCAGCUAUGAGUGCCGACAGUAUUUUAGAGAUCAGACUGAGGAAGCUGGUUGAUGAGAGGGAGAGUUUGCUUGAACAGGUAAGGAAGCUGAAAGCAGUCGUGGAUCAAAAUCAGAGGAACGGCACCAAUGAAGCAGUAAGUCCACAUGAAGAUGGCCUUCAGAACAACCUAGACUCACAUAUCAUCGACUUGCAGAGAGAUGCUAACAGGCAAAUCAGCGACUUGAAAUUUAAGCUGGUGAAGUCCGAGCAGGAGGUUGCAGCACUUGAACAAAAUAUCAUUCGUCUGGAGGGGCAGGUGACUCGCUACAAAACAGCCUCUGAAACAUCUGAGAAAGUAGAGGACGAGCUGAAAGUGGAGAAACGUAAAUUGCAGAGAGAGCUGAGAUCUGCUCUGGACCGUAUCAGCGAAUUAGAAGCCAGUAAUUGCCACCUGUCCAAAAGAGUGGAGAAGAUGAAAGCCAACCGGAAUGCGAUGCUUGCCCAGCAGUGAUGGCUGCUAAGCUUCACUGACAAUCUGGAAACCUGCUUUUAUUGGCAUCAGUAGCAUCUGCACUUGUUAUCCUCAUAUCAAGUUACACAUCAAACAGAAUCUGUCCCCACUACAUCACACACGACGCUGCAUUAAACAGUCUACGAGCCAUGAGAAAUCAGUCUGAAAAGGGAAAAUGAUAUACAGAUAAUACUAACAUCCUAGGACAUGGACAUCUUUUUGGAGUCUAACUUUUGGCUAUGGUGUAGUGUCCCCAGUGUAUACCAGAGAGGUUGGAUCAUAAUGCAGUUACCUGAGAUCAGUAUAUUAAAUUAUGGCGCCACCUUGUGGAACAUGCACUUUAUCACCGAUGCGCCAUCUGGUGGCGUCGAGAAUUCAUUGUGAGGAAAGAACUGAUUUGGGUUAUUUGAGGCCAAUUACAGUUAUCUGGAUUAACUCUCUGUUCUGUUUAUUAUACACCAAGUAUUAUAUGCUGUUAGGGUUUUUUUCCACUUUUACUAGAAAGAAAACUAGUCAAAGGGCUCCCCAGAGGGACAAAACCAAGUGUUUUUUUUAAUUGACCCUCUUUUAAAUUUAGAAACAUGUAAAAUUUUGGAAAUUGUAAAAUAUGAUUCACAAAACUGAUAUAUAUAUUUACUGGCCUCAUUAUUAGGAAUACCGGAACACCUGAUCGUUCAUGCUAUUAGCAAAUUACCAAUCAUGCAACAGCAGAACAAUUCAUCAAAUCGCAGAAAAUUGGCAGUUGAAGAAAAAAAAAAAUAGUCUAUGUUCUGAGAUACUUUUCUGCUCACCAUGGUUGUAAUGUAGUUACUGUAGAUCUCUGAAUCCACUUGGCCGGAGUCACUAAGAUCUAAUUUUUCCUCAUUCUCAUAUUUGAUGUGAAUAUUAUCUAAAUCUCUCAACCUGAGUGUGCAUGAUUUUAUGUAUCACACCGCUGCCACAUGACUGGCUCUUUGGAAAAAUACAUGCAUGUACAGGUGUCAACAUGUUCCUUUAAAGUGGACAGAUAAUGAAUCAUAGGAUCAUUUCAGUUUAUAGUUAUAUUCAGUGGCGUUGCUAGGGUUGGAAGAGAUGAGGGAUAAAUCCCCCCCUAGACUAUGGCUAACAGUUGCAUUAUUAUUACCUCACCAUCUCUCACUGUUCAAUUCCUGGAUACUAACAACAGUGGCACCUGCUGAACGGAAUAUUUACUGUUCAGUUUUGCAGCUUGACACACAAGUUUUAAAUCUGCGUAUAGCAGAAUGAUGAACGUGUAAAAUAAGAAGUAAUGGACAGACGGGUUUUUUUGUACUGGUAAGUCUAGUACUUUAAAUGUUUUCAGUCUUCAAAAGACCAUUGGCUACAUCAGUACAUCAGCAGCUGAAGCCCCCGAAGCCACAUCUUUGCAAAGCCGGCAAUUUUUUUGUGAAAACAGGCAGACAGAUGCCCAGCACAGGCAUGGAGGUCAUCCUAAAUAAAAGAUUGAAGAAUUUAAAUGAAUGUUAUUUUGCACAUUCCUUAUUUACUAUAUUGAACAUAAUCUCCGCAUUUAUUUUUUUUUUUCUUAAUGUGUUAAAUUGUUUUAACAAGCACAAAGUUUUUAGCUAAACAGAACAGUACGGGUUAAUCACAGACUAGUUGCUAAUUCCACUGAACUAGCUUCAGAUCAAAUGGGCCUUUGUAGAGUGUGUUGGUUAAAGUGGCUUUAAGGCCUGUGUCUUCAUAUGUAAUGCACAAGUGGAUUAUUCCUUAUGUUUGUUGUUUGUUUUUUUUGUUUUUUUUACAACACUGCACAUUACCUGUGAUUCAGUGUGCAACUCGUGUGCAAGCAACAUGUCUGGGUAAAAAAGUCUGGGUCUGCUACAAAGAAUAAAAUAUAUGUAUCAGGAA